CGCCUCCUGCCUUCUCCCUCCCGCCCGUUGCCGCUCUUGUAUCUCUCUCGGCGGACGGCUUCUUUUACCCUCUCCUCCACAAAUUCUUCGUUUCCGAUCGAUCCUACGGUUUUCCCUUUUGUUCUCGUCGAUCGAUCACGGCUUUCGGAGAUGCUGAGGUCCCGCCGGAGCCACCACCAGCUCCACCAGAACCCUCACAGGCGCCGAACCGCCGGCGUCGGCGCCGCGGUGUCCCUCGCCCCGCCGCCGGGGUCCAGGGACAAGUUCAUGUCCUUGGACAGCCGCGAGCCGGAGGAGCGAGCUGGGCGGUCGGAGGAGUCUUCCAAGUCGUCAGCGAGCUCCUCGUCUUCUUCGGGCUCUAUGGCAGCUCCUUCGUGUAAUCUGGAUCGUUUCUUGAAGUCCACUACUCCAUCAGUUCCCGCUCAGUAUCUCCCAAAGACGAGGUUUAGGGGGUGGAGGACGUAUGAUGUGGAGUACUGGCCUUACUUCACGCUGGGCGACCUAUGGGACUCCUUCAAGGAGUGGAGUGCUUACGGUGCUGGCGUUCCCCUGGUUCUGAAUGACAGCGACUGUGUUGUCCAGUAUUAUGUUCCCUAUUUGUCUGGCAUCCAGUUAUAUGGUGGAGCGACUAGUCUGGAAGUCAGUUCUUGGCGACCCGGGGAGGAGAGUGAUGGUGAUUGUUACAAGGAUUCUAGUAGUGAUGGAAGUAGUGAUUGUGAUAAUGAAAAGGACCUUAAGUAUUCUAGGAAUUGGUAUCGGAACUAUCUUGCUCGCACCUCCAUGCUUAGGAUAGAUAGACUGUCCUUGAGGGAGAAUCAUGCAACUUUGCAAGAAGGGGUUUUAAGUGAUGAUGGUGAAGCUGAAAAUUCUCAAGGUUGCCUGCUGUUUGAAUAUCUUGAACAGGAUUCUCCUUAUAGUCGUGAACCUUUCGCUGACAAGGUCACAGAUCUAGCAUGUUGCUUUCCUGAAUUGAGAACCCUUAAAAGUUGUGAUUUGUUGCCAGCAAGUUGGAUUUCUGUUGCAUGGUACCCUAUAUACCGUAUACCAACCGGACCAACACUAAAAGAUUUGGAUGCCUGCUUCCUAACCUUCCAUGCUCUUUCAACAUCAUUUAGAGGUGCUGGUACCGCUCUUCCUGUCACCACAAAUCUACAUGGGGUUGGUGGUGUUCCAAAGAUCUGUCUUACUGCUUUUGGUCUGUCCUCCUAUAAGUUUAAACCCUCAAUGUGGACAUCUAGUGGAGGAUGUGAGCGCCAACUUGCUAGCUCCCUAUUGCAUGCUGCUGACAGCUGGCUACGCCUUCUUCAUGUUGAUCAUCCAGAUUACCAGUUCUUUGCUUCACAUGGUGCAUUCCAUGGAUAUAAUGCUGAAUCACUUUGAGCUCUUUCUAUUCAACUACUUGAGGAGUCUCAGUUAUUGUUGUUUAGUUACAGUCACACAUCCCGAGAAGUUCUGAUGGCAGGAUCACUGCAUGCAAGUGGUUCUUCCUAUCAGUUUGUUAUCUCCUGGGAAGAAUUUAAAAUAAAAUAAAAACAGGAAAAAUAAUGAAGCAAUAAAGUACAGCUGAAAUACAAGAAAAAAAAAAAAAGCGAAAUAGUCUUGGUUUGAUCUGAUGGAAAGAUGAGAAAAGAAAUAACCACGUGUUAAAGAAUCAGAAAGUGGACAAGGGAGGAAAGAAAAAGGAUAAAAAAUUCAGAUGCUGGAUUGCUCCGCAAAAGAGCAUCUGGAGGAUGGUGACGCAUCUUUUAAUUUCUUUGCCCUUCUCUUUUGCAAUUACCUCAACGAUUGUCAGGUUUUCAUUGUGUCCUGACAGGUUAACACAUCUUUUAAUUUUUUUGGGGUUUUUCUCUAUAUGUUUGAUGAUGUAUUGGUGUAAAAUUCAGAUAAUCUCCCUCUAAAAUCCAGGGACUGAUCAAUCUUGUUGUUGACUUACAGCAUGUUGUAAAUUUUUAUUUCUAGAUACCAGAUGCUAGAAGAAGCUAGUUGAGAUGUUUUAUUUUGUGUUGCCUCUUGCCGAGGAGAUUAUCACUAGUUCUAAAUGCCAAAUAUUAUGAGGAAGUUCUAAAUUU